AGUAUUUAAGAGGUGGCAGGGAUGGGGUGAGGGCUGCUCCCCUUUCUCCACCGUGGGACUCUCGUGUGACCUGGGACAGCUGGCACUGAGGACAGAGAGGAGGGAAGACUGACAGGCUCCUGCUGCACCAUGUGCUAUGGCAAAUGUGCGCGAUGUGUUGGACACUGCCUGGCAGGGCUUGCUGUCCUCUGCAUCGUGGCUAAUAUUCUGCUUUAUUUUCCCAACGGGGAAACAAAAUAUGCCACUGAAAACCACCUCAGCCGUUUCGUGUGGUUCUUUUCGGGCAUCGUGGGCGGGGGCUUGCUGAUGUUCCUGCCUGCCUUCGUGUUCAUCGGGCUGGAGGAGGAGGACUGCUGCGGCUGCUGUGGCCAUGAGCUCUGUGGCAAGAGAUGCGCGAUGCUGUCCUCAGUCCUGGCUGCGCUCGUCGGGAUCGCAGGAUCAGGUUACUGUAUCAUCGUGGCAGCCCUGGGUUUGGCAGAAGGACCUCUGUGUGCCGACUCCCAAGGCCAGUGGAACUACACCUUUGCCCACACGGAGGGAGAGUACCUCGUGGACCCCUCCACGUGGACCCAGUGCUAUGAACCCCAGCACGUCGUGGAGUGGAACGUAACCCUGUUCUCCAUCCUCUUGGCUCUUGGUGGAAUCGAAUUCAUCUUGUGCCUCAUUCAAGUCAUAAACGGCGUCCUCGGAGGCAUCUGUGGGUAUUGCUGCUCUCGCCAGCAGCAAUACAACUGCUAAGGGAACCACCCAAGAAGAGCCACAGCUUCCUGUACGCCAUUGUAAUUUAUACAUUGUUCUUGCAUUGUUGUAAACUUUGUACUGUGUAUUAUACUACAUUAUCCAAGCUACUUUUAUAAAGGAAUAAAGACGGUCAUCUUCGCAGGAUGUCGGUGUUUGAACUUGGCAAUGAAGCUUUUUUUAAGAAACCAGAAGAGCAGACAGUGUCCUGGAGGUAACUGCCAUGGUACCUGUGUCCUCAUGGUAUUGGAGAUAAACUCUGUGAUGUUUAGGGUAACUGGCUAUAUACAGUAGCCAGUUACUACUGUAUAUACGUGUUAAGUCUUUUUUAAAUGAAAAAUGUCUGGUUGGUUUUUAUGAGAACAAGAAGGAGAAAAUCCCAACCCCUGCAAAGGUGUGUUUUGGCUGUUGAUAUGGUGUUUCCUGAUGGCAAGCCGACAAAUCCCUACACAAGGCCUUUCAGAUGCUGUGCGUUCUGGACUUGAGGACUGGCUGUGAAUGCUUCAGCCCAGAUGAGCGAGUUGAAACCCGCAGGUCGCUCUGAGCACUGCCAGAGCCUAUGCUUUCAAACGUUGGCUCUCUGCCCGUCACAGGGCCUGUGUGUGGAGAGAGAAAGGCCAGGAGACCUGGACAAGGGGGACAUGGGAGAAGGAACAAAGCAGCAGGUCACCAUCCUGGGACAACCGGAAGGGCUGCGGGCAGGAGGACCAUGAGGAUGUACCCCCAAAACUUGCUUGUGUGUCACAAAAUAAAGUCAC